CCCCUCCCUGCCUACUCUCUGAAAUCUUGGGACAAUAUGCAUGCAGUCAACUUCAGCACAGAUCUGUUUCAGCAGGGUUGAGUAAAGAGCAGAGAUAGACAGUGAAAGUCAGGGGAGAUAAAAGGGUAGAAAAAGUCUGGGUGAGAGACAGGCGGAGAGUAAAGGAAUAUAUUCAGUUCUAAAAAAGAAUGGGCUUCCUGGUGAGCAGUGCUGCUGCUUUUUUCUUAACCUCCCUGCUUGCUCUGCUCUGUGGACUUUCUUCGGUCCUGGGUCAGGAUUUAAGAGAGAGGGAUGCACUAUGCAAUGAGGAAGGUUGCUUUGUGGUCUACUUCCAACGCAAGACUUUUCUAGACUCAUGGAGGGCCUGCAAGGACAAAGGUGGCAACCUAGCUACCAUUAAACGCAAGGAGGAAGCUGCCACUAUUGCCACUCUCUUCUCCUCUCUGGACUUGCGCCACUCACGCACCGAUAUAAGGGUAUGGAUUGGCCUGCAGCGCCAGCCUCGCCAGUGUACCACCACACGCCCACUGCGGGGUUUCUCAUGGACUACUGGUGACCAGGACACAGAGUAUACCAACUGGCAAAAAGAGGACUCCCCUAAUAUGUGCUCAGUGCCACGCUGUGUGGUUAUGGGCUACAGCACUCAAGAGCAGAAUGAUAACUUCAAAUGGCUGGAUGGGUCCUGCUCAGUCUCUGUAGAUGGGUAUCUUUGCCAUUAUGCCUACAAAGGAAUGUGUCCUGCCUUGCGGAAUGAAGGGGCAGGCAAUGCCCUCUACACCACUCCAUUUAACCUUCUAAGCACACUGCUAACCCAUUUACCCUUUGGAUCUGUUGCUACUGUGCCCUGCCCCGUAGGCACCAAGGAGGAACAGUCAGUUUUGUGUAUGCUGAAGGAAGAUGGCUCAGUGGGGUGGUCAAGAGAUUCCCCUCUCUGCUCCGAUCCACCCGUAUCACACAACGGGUGUUACCAGAAUAAUGGCGGAUGUGAGCAUUUCUGCAGGCCGGCCGGUGUUAACUUCUACUGUGAAUGUGACGAUGGGUAUCAACUAGGAGACAAUGGGCAGAAAUGUGAGCUGUCUGAUGUUUGUCAAGGGGCCCCCUGUGAGUUUGAGUGCCUGCCUCUCUCAGAUGGGUACCGAUGUGACUGUCCUGAAGGAUACAUGCUUGCACCAGAUGACUAUGGCUGUCUGGAUGUAGACGAGUGCCUCCAGAGUCCUUGCGAGCAGCUUUGUGUGAAUGCUCCAGGGACAUUUGAAUGUCGAUGUCGGGAGGGUUACCAUCCAGAUGAUGAGGUGCCUGAGGACCCUAGCCGAUGCCAAGACACAGACGAGUGCCAGAUCCCCGGGACCUGCGAGCAGAUGUGUGUGAAUUAUGAGGGUGGAUUUGAGUGCUACUGCGAGGAAGGCUAUGAACUCAUGUCUGAUCACUAUUCAUGUCGCAAGAGAGGGGAUAGAGAUGACCAAUCUGCUGUGACCCCUCCUUUUCCUGGACCUGUAUGGCACCCUGCAGACUAUGACUGGCCUCCAGAGGAUGAGCAAUCUCCGGACUCGCUGACUGACCGACCCAGAGUUUUGGAUUCUGAUGUAAUUUGGGUCACCAGUGCCCCUCAGGAGGAAAACCUCUUUGAUUUAGCACUUGGCCAUCCGACACAGCAGGCUGAGGAAGAUAGGGAAGACAUAGCCAAUGAAGGAGCUGACAGGUGGAAUUUGGGACAGAGAUCUGAGUCUGAGCUGGAAGUUUUGCCAACCACCAUCUACACCACACCUCCACCCACCACCAGCUCCAGCACUACCCAAGACUGGUAUGAAGAGGAUGACGAUAAUGAGGAGGAGACCACCACAGCUCUCCCUUUCCGUUCCACUUCUACAAUCUCUGAGGGAGCUUGGAAUUGGUGGGAGGGGCUCCCCACUUCCAGCCAGAAACCAGGAAAUCCAGACGAUUUAGCCACAGACCCCAACAUGCCUACGGAUUCCAGCUACCCCACUGAGGCAGAAGAACAGUACCCCCUUAUGGUAAACGAUCAUCUCCCAGAGAAGGAGUUAGGGGAGGAGAUCACACACCAAGACCCAGCGGUUCCCACCCAGCUUACUCCUUCCCAGCCACCCCUGGAUUCUGUCCAGAAAGACAGGGGGCAGAAGCAGAGCAGCAUCUGGCUCCUGGUGGGCGUACUAGUGCCCAUAUGCAUCUUUGUUGUAGUAAUGGUGGCGCUGGGCAUCGUCUACUGCACCCGCUGUGCUGUUCAUUCACGCAACAAGAAUGCCACUGACUGCUACCACUGGAUCUCUGGGGCUCAUGAUAAACAGGGAGCUCCAAACCCCUCAGCAGGGGUCAAGACCCAUGUUUAAACAGAGAAGAGAGAACAUUAAACAGACUCUGCUUCAGAGGUAAGCAGGAGUGAAUAAUGGACCUGGUAAGGGACAAGCUAAAUGUUUUACCCUCUCUGACUGUGGAACUGCCCACUCUUUGAACACAUUUGGAUAUUACUGUUAAAUAUCAAUUGAUAAUGUGGGGAAGGGACACUUAAAACCACUGACCUUUUUUUUGGGAUAGGGUUGGUAUGUGGUACAAACUGCUUUGAUGUUUCAUACACUGACCACACAGCGCAAGAUCUUGCUUCAUCAGUGCACUAGGUUACAUUAUUAUAAAAUAUUAGUGUCUUCAUUAGAAAUCUCAAAAAUGUGUGUAGUCAUUUAUUCAUUUCACAUUUCACAGCUGGAGCCAGAUCCUGCAGAGAGCCUUGGAAAUCAAUGUACUGUUGGCAAAAGCAUGGUAAAGCGAACUUUGCUAUGAUCUCCUUUCCAUGCUAAAUCCUCAGGCUCAGUUUUCAUCAAUAGCAUAUCACUGUAGAUAACUUACUGUCAACUAUGUUAAUGGGAUUUACGUGCAUUGUUAGCUCACAUCCGCAGUGAGUGAAAGAAGACUGUAAGCAAAUAUCCCUUCAAGAGAAAAGACAUUCUACAGUCACAUUAUAAUGCUGGGAAAGCAGUCAUUUGAAAUCACUGUUGAAUGUUUGAUAAGAGACCAAACCUUUAUUUGUAUAUAGUGGUUCUUUUGUAUUUAUGUUUGUUUCAUACUUGUCACCGAUCAAGUGUAACAAUUGUAAUAUUUCAAAGGCAUACCUUUUUUAUGGACCCCAUAAACCUGGUGAUAUGCAGAGGAAUGUCUGUCUGCACAUGGGAAUGCUUUUCCCUACUUAGAUGAGUUUUAGAGCACUUCUCCUUUCCUUGUCUUUUUCUGAAAAGAGGUUAAAGUGCAGAUGUUCACACUACGGAGGGAAUGUUGUAGGGGCUGGUGAUUGACAUUAGCUUUGGCCUUGGUCAUGAUAUGGCCAUCAGUCACCCUUCAUAACACUAAUCCAUUAGUACAGCUCAAGGUUUUAUGGCCGUUGGAUCUCAUCCAGCUGUGUGAGGCUGCAGGUCAGUGUGACACCUUGCAUGCAUGCAACUUCAGAUAUUUUACAAUUAAAAAAAUACGACAUAUCCCAAAGACUGCAGAAUCUAAAAUUGUAAAUAACAUUUCUUUGGAGAAGUGCUCAUUGGAUGUUGAAAAUUUUACAGACCAAAGAAAAAACGAUUAAUGAAUGCAAGGCACUUACAAGUUAAAACAUCUUUAAUUUAAUGGAUAACUGACUCUUUAAAGUUUGGGAGAACCAAGUGCCGUUCCAAAUUUGUCUUUAUUUUAAUAAUAGACUGUGAAAUAUAAGGAACAUCAGAUGUCUAUUUUUCUGUUAUAUGUUAAGAAAUUGUGAAUUAAAAACAUUGACAAGGGUCGAGUGUGACAGUUUAUUAUUGUCUCAAAUAGUAGUUUGACAAAAUUACUAUUUCUCAACUCGUGGUCAAGGUGUACCAGCGUUUACUGUGGCUUUCAACAGCGUCUCACAGUCUUUACCAGUUUGGUCAGGUCAUGGAUAGUUCAGUUGCUAUCUGACAUACGUAGGGAAUUACCAUCUGCUCAAGAUGCCUGCAUGAUGCAAUUUAAAGUUCCAGUAAAAACUACUAAGUGGACCUCAAAUGAUUUUUUUUUUUUUUUUUUUU